UCUGCGUGCCGUGUGAGUCGCGGGAUCCGUUCGACCGGUUCUCCCUUGCCGCCUUGUUUUCUCCGCGAAUUUCAACCGAUUUCUGACAGUAACCGCCGCCACGGUACACGGUAACGGAAACGAUAGAUCGCACGGUACACGGUACCGAUGUCAUUUGUACGCGCGGUCCGCGUCGUUUGACGUUAACGAGGCUAGUUCUACUUGAGACACCUUCAGACACGGCUUCGAAGAUCGUCGAGAACCAUUCAGGAUUCCCCUAGACAGGAUGGAUAAAGACGUUCGACGGAAGUGCGGGAAAGUGCGACGUGCUCUGUUCCAUCUGCUGCUGAUAGUGGGGGGUGCAACCGGUUUGAAAGAUUUGACAAUCAACGUACCAGCAGUGGUACGAUCGGGUGACACAGUGACACUAUCCUGCCAUUACGACUUAGAAGGUUCGCCAUUGUAUACGAUACUAUGGUCUUUCGAAGAUACAGAGUUUUAUCGGUACAUGCCUGAACGAGAUCCACCGUACAGCACCUUCGUUGUGGAUGGAAUACAAGUGAAUGUAUCCAAAUCGAACACACACGACGUGACCCUGGUCGACGUGUCGAGGAAGCUGACGGGAAAGUACAAGUGCGAAGUGUCAGCCGGAAGUCCCUCGUACCAUACUAUGAUCGAGAGAGCCAAUAUGGAGGUGGUAGACGCCCCGAGAACGGACCCGACGAUCGGCAUCGAGAAGGAUCGCAUAGCAGUGGGUGAGAUGCUUCGAGCUAACUGUACAACCGGCAAGUCCAGACCCGCCUCCGACAUUACGUGGAAGCUGAACGGGGAUCUCAUCGAGGACAACAUGAUAUACAGUACCAGAUUCUUCGCGAUUCCUCAGGACGACGAUUCACGAGUAUCCAAGUCGACCAUAGAUUUCAAGGUAACGAACGACAUGUUCAGAAACGGCCGAUUACAUCUACGUUGCACCGCCUCGAUCGCGGACGUCUACCGGAAAUCGGCUGACAUAGAGAUCAGCGAGGACGCACCUCGUAUCGCCUCCAUCACCGGCGAAUCACCGCCCCGAGGACACCGUAGCAACAGCUCCGCAGGGCUACGGUUCACCUGGACUACCCAAACGACGAUGAUGUUCGCGUUAACGACAAUUCUAUUUCUGCUUUUCACCUCGAUCACGAGCACGGCUAGGGUGAACAGAUCGGGACCGAUUGCCAGCAGCAGGUAGCUCGCACGCGUCCACGAGGACAUCGCUGCCACCGACUAACCCGAUUACAUCGUCCAUGUAAAACCUAGUAGUCUAGGGCUUCCAGUUAUGUAUGUUACUAUGUAUGGAGUAGAUAGUCGAAUAACAAUGAUUUUUAUUCGAGUGGGCCUGUGCGAGAGACGGGAGAUCGGCGAGUGCAUUUGUGAAAACGUGCCGUUCCCGGUUCACAUUCCCGACGCGUUUAUUCCCCUUUCUGUCCCAUCGGCGAUUCAUCGAGCGAGUAAAAUAUCGGUGGAAUUCGUUUUUUUACCAUCGCCUAAAGUGAACACGAACACGCGUACGUUUCGAACGAACGAAGAAGAUGCUCGUUAAGAAGGGUUGAACACGGUUAGUCAAGGAUUUCAAUAAUAACCCGCUGAACGCAAUACACAACCCCCUGCCUACGAAACGAUCGUAUUCGAUGAUUGGUUUUCAUCGUUUCUUUAUUCUUAUUUCGUUCGUCUUUCGUUCGUUUAGCGACCCCGAGGUGUUCACCGGAACGUCAAGGAUUAGACACAUACGAUAUACAGGGGUAAUUAAUAUAACUACGAUACGAUAACGUUAGCGCAGCGACGAGCGGCGUUCUGCUCAAAUAUCCGCUCCUUUUACGAUGUCUAACGAGGAACGCGACACACCAUAGGUACCGAUUUGUAAUCUGUACAAAUUGUAAUAAAUUACCAAUACGAAGUA